AUGAGAUUCUUAGCAAAACUAGAAGCAAGAAUAGCAAAACGCAGAUUGGACCAGGUUCAGGCAGAUCUGGAUAAGGCCCUUCAGGAUGAACUCAACCGUGUUUUGGAACAAGAAGAAGCUCUUUGGUUCCAAAAAGCAAGAUGUAAGUGGAUAACAGAUGGUGAUCGUAAUAUUAUAUUUUAUCAUACCACCACCAUUAUCAGGAGAGCUAGAAAUAAAAUUCUAGAAUUGGAAAAUGAUGAAGGACACCUUGUGAGAGAAGAAGAUAAUUUGAUUAAGCUUAUCCACUCUUUUUUCACCAAGUUAUUUUCUGAGGAGAAUCACAACAGACCAUGGACUGUUACCAAAUCCAACUGGCCUGCCUUUGAGGAAGCUGAGUUGAAGGUGCUAAAGGAUCCUAUUUCUGAUCUAAUGAUAAAGGAGGCCUUCUUCUCAAUGAAUGGUCUUAAAGCUCCUGGUCCAGAUGGGUUCCCUGCUAUUUUCUUCCAAAAAAACUGGGAGUUAAUGAAGAAUCAAGCUGUUGAGUGUGUGAACCAGAUCUGGAAAAAUCCAGCUAAAGUGAGGGAUCUUAAUAAAACUUACCUGGUUCUAAUUCCUAAGCUGACUAAGCCUGACAAGAUUUCUCAAUUUUGGCAUAUUGCUCUCUGUUCAGUGCUUUAUAAAGGUUUUAGUAAAAUCAUAGUGGGGAAGCUUAAACCUAUCCUAAAUAAGCUCAUCUCCCCUCAACAGGUCAGCUUUGUCCCCAAUAGACAAAUCCAGGACAAUAUUGUUAUUGCUCAGGAGAUGGUCCACUCUAUGAAUAGGAUAAAAGGAAAGAAGGGUUUUCUUACAAUCAAGAUUGAUCUUGAAAAAGCUUAUGAUCGGAUGUCCUGGAGCUUCAUUCAGAAAGUUCUUACCGAGAUUAAUAUCCCAGAUUCUCUGGUGAAUCUCAUCAUGCAUUGUAUCUCAUCUUCUGAUCUAGAAAUCAUUUGGAAUGGUGCUAAAUCGGGCAGAGUCUCCCCCAGCAGAGGCUUGAGACAAGGGGAUCUCAUAUCUCCCUAUAUUUUUGUUCUCUGCAUGGAAAAGUUGUCCCACUUAAUUGCUAAUUCCAUUGAGAGAAAAGAUUGGAAGCCAAUGACAGUUGGCAAAGGUGGCCCCUCAAUCUCUCACCUUCUUUUUGCGGAUGAUUUACUUCUCUUUGGUGAAGCUAAUAUUGACCAGAUUAAGACCAUAAUGAACUGCCUUGCCACUUUUGGAAAUAUGUCAGGGCAAAAGCAUUAUGGAGAAAUUAUGGACAGGGUUAAUGGUAGGUUACAAGGCUGGAAGAAAAAUUGCUUGUCUAUGGCAGGAAGUACUCUGGCUAAAUCAGUCAUAUCAGCCAUCCCUAUGAUAGGAAAUGGGAAGAAAAUAGUUUUCUGGAAGGAUAACUGGACUGGCCUAAACUCUAACCUCAUAUCCUUUACAAAUGUUUCCCCUACAACUGAGGCUUCGGAUCUGAAGAUUAAUAAUAGCAGUUUCAUAUCUGAAGAGGGUUGGAAUAUUCAGUUCCUCCUUAAUCAUUUUGAUUUGAGUGUGGUGAAUCAAAUUAUAGUUAUCCUGCAUCCAGAAGAGGAAGCAGGGGAGGAUUUUGUUAGCUGGAAAAAUAGGAAACCGGGACAGUCUAUAGUCAAAUCCGCUUACAUCAACUUGAGCACUUCAAAUUCUCAUCUUAUUAAUAGCAGUUGGGACCGCAUCUGGAACUGGAAAGGAAAAGAAAGGGUCAAAUUUCUUAUAUGGAAUAUGUACCAUGGAAGAAUGUUAACCAAAGAAAAUAUAGCCAAAUGGAGUGACUCAUCUGAUAGCUGCCCUUCGUGUCCUGAGAAAUCGGAGACCAGCUUACAUGCUUUCAGAGACUGUCACAAAGCUAGUAAGGUUUGGCUUAUCCCAAUGCUCCACCCUCUUCCUCACGGUUUCUUUAGCUCCACCUCAUUUAAGGAGUGGAUUUCUCUUAAUUUGAACCAGAGGAAUAUUCAUGGUAAAGACUGGAGGGACCUGUUCUUUACUGUCUGCAACUACCUGUGGUCUUGGAGGAAUAAAGAACUUCAUGAAGUGAAUAUGAAGAGACCAGACGAUCCUUCUUCUGUUCUUACUGAAUCAAUAGAGGAAAUAAGGUACUGCAGUAUAAAAAGUAAACACCAGGAGCUUCUAAUAGCACCUCCCCUUCUCUCCUUCCCUUCUUGGACUGCUCCAUCUCAAGGGUUUUUAAAAUUAAAUGUUGAUGGUGCGGCUUCGGAUAAUAAAGUUACUUGUGGUGGCCUCUUGAGAGAUUGGAAUGGAUCUUGGUUAUGCGGUUUUUCUGCUUUCAUUGGCUCCUGUUCCCCUUUGCAAGCUGAACUCUGGGCCAUUCUACGUGGUUUAGAUCUUGCUUGGAAGUAUGGUUGGAAGAAUAUUAUUUUGGAGUCUGAUUCUGUUCAAGCUAUUAGCCUUCUUACCAUUGAUGGUAAUGAAACUUGA